AUGACUCCUUGUGAGAUUCGUGACUCUUAUUUGGUUUUAAAAUUGGAAGAAGUACGGUACUUUGGGAGUACGGCUCGUUUUAAUAAACCGCCAAAAAAAAUGAAAUAUAUUUUAGUAACAGGAGGAGUUUUAUCGGGUAUUGGUAAAGGUAUCAUUGCUAGUAGUACUGCAAUGAUUCUAAAGUCGAUGGGUUUGCGUGUCACAUCGAUCAAGAUUGACCCAUACCUUAAUAUCGAUGCCGGUACCAUGUCACCAUUCGAACACGGAGAGGUGUUUGUGUUGAAUGAUGGUGGAGAGGCUGACUUGGAUCUCGGUAACUACGAACGUUUCCUCAACGUCUCGUUGAACCGUGACAACAACAUUACAACCGGCAAGAUCUACAACACCGUCAUUGAAAAGGAGCGUAAGGGUUUGUUCCUCGGCAAGACCGUCCAAGUCGUGCCACACAUUUCCGAAGAGAUCCAGCAAUGGGUUGAACGUGUCGCUCACGUGCCAGUCGACGGCGAAGAGGGCUAUCCAGACGUCUGCGUCAUCGAGCUCGGUGGCACUGUCGGUGAUAUCGAGUCGAUGCCCUUUAUCGAGGCCAUGCGUCAGUUCCAGUUCCGUGUGGGCCCAGAAAACUUUUGUUUGAUGCAUGUCUCGCUCGUGCCAGUGAUUGGCGUCGUCGGCGAGCAAAAGACCAAGCCUUCACAACAGUCGGUUCGCGAGCUCCGUGCCCUUGGUUUGUCGCCAGACUUUGUCAUGUGUCGUAGCGGCCAGCCACUCACCUCGGACACCCGUCGCAAGAUCUCACUCUUUUGCCAUGUUGCUCCAGACAAUGUCAUUGGCGUGCACGACGUCUCCAACAUCUACCGUGUCCCCCUCUUGUUGUACCAACAAAACAUUGCCAACCUCAUCGUCAAGCGUCUCCAUCUCACCCCCAAGGUCGACAUUCAUAUCCACGGCCAAGAGAAUGGUCAACAACAACAACAACAACAAGAUAGCGGCGCCGACGUUGACAAGGUAACUGACGCCUUUGCCGUGCCAUACUGGCUCCAAUCCUGGAAGGAGAUGGCCGACCGUAUGGACCGUGUCGGUAACGAGCAGGGAUACGGGCCCAUACGUAUCGCCAUGGUCGGCAAGUACACCGGUCUCACCGACAGCUAUUUGUCCGUCAUCAAGGCACUCGAGCAUGCUUCCAUGCACCUCGACCGUAAGAUGGUCAUCGACUGGGUUGAAGCCACCGAUCUCGAGCCCAUCCCCACCGGCACCGCCGCCACCAGCUCGGUCGAGCCAUCUGGUCUCGCCUCUGCCACUCGUUCAGUCGAGUCGUACGACCGCGCCUGGACAAUCCUCAACCAAUGCCACGGUGUCCUUGUGCCAGGUGGUUUCGGCGACCGUGGUAUUGAAGGUAUGAUCCUCGCUGCCAACUAUGCCCGUGUCAACAACAAGCCAUACCUCGGUAUCUGUCUCGGUAUGCAAGUUGCCGUCAUGGAGUUUGCCCGUAACGUCAUGGGAUGGGCCAACGCCACCUCUGAAGAGUUUACCAAUGUCGGAGGCGGCAAGAACGUCGUCGUCUUUAUGCCAGAGGUUUCCAAGACCCAUAUGGGUGCCACCAUGCGUCUCGGCUUGCGUCCAACCAUCAUCAACGACCCAAAUAGCAAGAUUGCCAAGUUGUACGGCGUCACCAAGGUCGGUGAGGCCGUUGAGGAGCGUCAUUGUCAUCGUUAG